AUGGCUAAAAAUAUUUAUAAAUUAGCAAAGGAUUUUCCUACUUUGGAGUCUAUUAUGAAUAAUGCAAGAACCAGUGUCCAUAGGGUGAAGACUGGAAAUUGUAGUUCAUUAGAAAGAGAAAAAUUUCAAACUUCUGCUUCCUCUGUUAAUGAAAUAUGCGAACAAGUGGAAAAUUAUGGGGAUGCUAUAAAACUACAGGAAAGUGAAUAUACUUUUACCAAAUCCAGUUGCAUAUAUUUGUAUUAUUGGCUAUAUUAUUAUAAUAAUAAUUAUAAAAAAUAUGUGAGUGAGGUUAAAAGUCUUUAUACAGUAUUGAUCAGAGAUCUUGAUUUAACCAAUUGUACCACAGGAGUAAAAAGUGAUUACAGUACUAUUUCAGAUGAUGAAAUGUUAAAGCUCAAAGAUCUUCAUGACAUGUACACUAAUAUAAAAAAUAUAAUGAAUAAUAGUAGUUCUCCGUGUAAAGAUAAAUGCAACUGUGCUAAUAAAUGCGCUAAUCUCUAUAUGAAAUACAAAGUUUCAUGUGAAUCCGAUAAUUAUUCUGAUUUUUGUAAUGAAUUAAAAAAUGUUAGGCAUAAAUAUAAUGCACUAAGUACAACUGAGUGUACUGAAGAAUUAAAAUAUAAAAUGUUACCUUUGUUCCAAAAAAAUAACAUAAGUGUACCUAUUGUAAUUACAACACUUGUGAUAUUAUUAAUUGCAAUAACUUUAUUUAUUCUGCAUAAUUUUACCCAAUAUAACUUAUGCUCUCAAGGAACAUUAAGAAGAAAACGAAAUAAAUGGAAUCAUAUAGAUGAAGAUUAUAAUAUAUUUCAAUCGUACAAAAAUGGGAGGAAAGAUACUAUAAAGAGUAGACACCAUAUUUUAUAUUAUAAAGACUAA